UUGAUCUCGUUGGUGGGCUGGGGAAUGAUAGCCGCACCGCGCGGGACAAAUCUCCGGCGGCGCCCGACAGAGCAGAUCAGAAACAGGCAAUAUUGGCAAGUUCAUGAGGUUCGACUUAAUUAGAACAAAACCUGAAAAAGUAACUCAUGGCCUUAGCCUGAGAAAUUGGGGUAGAGAUGUUGGAGCAGAAGUCAGACUGAAGUUGAAGAGAAGCAGAUAGAACGGAGACGAAUGAAGGAAUGGAAUCGACAGGACUUGGUGAUUGAUCGAGUGUAGCAGGUGGAAUUGAGAGGGAGAAAUCAAGGAUAAUCCGCAAGUUUAAGGAUUGGCAGCUGAGUGAGAGAGGAGAGAGCAUGGAGCUGGAGAGGAUUGUCAGUGCAGCCCUCCUUGCCUUUGUCCAGACGCACCUCCCAGAGGCUGACCUCAGUGGCUUGGAUGAGGUCAUCUUCUCCUAUGUGCUUGGGGUCCUGGAGGACCUGGGCCCCUCAGGCCCAUCAGAGGAGAACUUCGAUAUGGAGGCCUUCACUGAAAUGAUGGAGGCCUAUGUGCCUGGCUUCGCCCACAUCCCAAGGGGUGCUAUCGGGGACAUGAUGCAGAAACUGUCAGGGCAGUUGAGUGGUGCCAGGAACAAAGAGAAUCUGCAACCACAGAGCUCUAAGGUCCAAGGUCAUGUGCCCAUCUCCACAGAGCCCCUGCAGCGGCCUGAAAAGCUCAAAGAAGAGACCAGGGCUUCUGCUGCUGGGGAUACCCAAGAGGAGGCAAGCGGUGCUGAGGAGGAGCUGCUGCCAGGGGUAGAUGUACUCCUGGAGGUGUUCCCAACCUGUUCGGUGGAGCAGGCCCAGUGGGUGCUGGCCAAAGCUCGAGGGGACUUGGAAGAAGCUGUGCAGAUGCUGGUAGAGGGGAAGGAGGAUGGGCCUCCAGCUUGGGAUGGCCCCAACCAGGACCAGCCCAGGCACCUUAGAGGCCCCCAAAAGGAUGAGCUGAAGUCCUUCAUCCUGCAGAAGUACAUGAUGGUGGAUAGUGCAGAGGAUCAGAAGAUUCACCGGCCCAUGGCUCCCAGGGAGGCCCCCAAGAAGCUGAUCCGAUACAUCGACAACCAGGUAGUGAGCACCAAGGGAGAGCGAUUCAAAGAUGUGCGGAACCCUGAGGCCGAAGAGAUGAAGGCCACAUACAUCAACCUCAAGCCAGCCAGAAAGUACCGCUUCCACUGAGGCAUUCACUGGACUCUGCUAGAGCCUUCUAGGCUCAGAUCCCAGAGGGAUGCAGGAGCCCUACACCCCACACAGGGCCCACCCUAACUCCUGACCCCUUCUCUACCCAUUCUCUUACCUCCUUGUCCUUGUUAACCAUCUCUUGGAGCUGCCCAUGGACACAGUAAAGGUGGCUCCAGGAAGA